GGCGAAGAAAAUUGGCAGCAUCCACAAGAUGGAGCCCGUCUUCAUUUUGCCUGCCGAUAGAACCAAACACAUGUGGUUGGCAAACAAACCAAAAGCUGAAGUAGUGGCACUCAUCUUGGAACAUAUUGAUGAAAUAUGCAACACUGGAGCUGUAGAUGUCGCGGAUUCACUGAUGAACGCGUACAAAGCUGACGUUAAAAAGGGCGCGAAGGAUGUUUUGUUAACGUUUUUGAAAGAUGCUACACAAGUGUACGACACCUUCAUGGACGUCUUUCAGUGUAGCACACCCGGGUUUAUUCGACUGUGUAACCAUAUUCUCCGGUAUAAAGAACCCUAUUAAAUAAUCUUCACCGAGUCCAGUUGUCUGUUCGGGGGAAGUAACUCCUGCAUGCAUAAAAAGUUCAAAUUUCA